CACCAAUUCUGGCAAAAAAAAACAAAAAAAAAGUCAGUUACUAAAAUUUCAAUCAGCCGAUUUCAAAUCCCCAUAAAAUAAAUCAAAUCAAGGCAAAUUCAAUUCUCUUUUCCAAUCGAGUUCAGAUGAGCAACGUGGCAUGGCCGAUUCAGACAACUGAAUUGCUAUGACGAGCUUUUGCGAGUUGGGUCGAAGAAUUUCACGACAACCAGAAGAAGAAGAAGAUCGACAGCAAGGCUCGCAUGCGAGAUGGAUGAACUGCCAGGGGCUUUGGGGACGAGUGCCAGCUUGGCUCUUCGAUUGGGUCAAGCCAUCUUCUCGAUCGCUUCUCUCCUCUUCAUGUGUUUGGAUGUUGAGUUCUAUAGCUAUACUGCUUUCUGCUUCUUGGUAACAAUUAUGGGUUUAGUGAUCCCAUGGAGCUUGACCUUGGCAGUGGUGGAUGUAUAUUCCGUCUUUUUUAAACCUCCAUCUCGUCAGCUGGGAGUAAUGUCCGUCAUCGUCAUUGGAGAUUGGGUUCUCUCGUUUCUGUCGCUUGCGGCAGCGUGCUCAACAGCUAGCGUGUCAGAGAUCCUCAUCACUUCUAGCUCCUUCUGCAGCGCAGAGUUGUGUAGUAGAUAUCAACUGUCUGCUGCUAUGACUUUCUUGGCUUGGUUUCUAUCGUUAGCGUCGUCUCUCUUUAAUCUCUGGCUUCUCCCUUCUCUGUGAAGUGUAUAUGUCUUGGCUUUAGCCAUCUAUAGAAAUGAAAUCAAAUUGGAAAUAUUGAGAAAAAAAAAUAGUUGUGGUUGCUUGGAUUUUGAAAUUUUACAUUGAUAGUGGUCAGCAUUGACAGUAAAUUUUCAAUAAUAAAA